GCGGCAUGUGAUGCGCUGUGCACGGUUCGGGGAAGGCACGGCUUCCAUCGGCGGGUGCACUUUCCCAGAGGUUCGCGCAACACCUCGGCCCAGUGAAAGCGGGUUAGCGGAAUCGGGUCCGCCCAGGCCUUCACAAGCAUUCGACGCCACGCACUGUCUUCUCCAUGCCUUCAUAGCCUCCAUUGCUCUCAUACACACACCCAGAAACCAUGGCGUCUCUAUCAAGGACCUUCAGACCGCUUGCGCGCGCAGCAACAAGCUCAUCUCGCACCCUGCGGCCGGCAUUCACGCGCACCUCCCCGCAAGCACGAUGCCUCUCGGCUACAAUGCCACGUCGCGAGGUCGACAUUGCCGACAUACCGCCCACGCCCAUCUCCCACCUCUCCGAAACCGAGAUGCUCAUGGCCGACUCAGUCCAAAAGUUCGCCAACGAUGCUAUCCUACCCAAAGUGCGGGAAAUGGACGAGGCCGAGAUGAUGGACCCAGCCGUGGUAGAGCAGCUGUUUGAACAAGGACUUAUGGGCAUCGAGAUACCUGAGGAGUAUGGCGGCUCGGGCAUGAACUUCACAUCAGCCAUCAUCGCCAUUGAGGAGCUUGCGCGGAUAGACCCCAGCGUCAGUGUCAUGUGCGACGUACACAACACAUUGUGCAACACUGCCCUGCUCAAGUAUGGUUCGGAGAACUUGAAGAAGAAGUGGCUUCCAAAGCUGGCUACGGAUACAGUCGCUUCCUUCUGUCUCUCAGAGCCCGUCUCCGGUUCAGACGCGUUUGCACUCGCCACCAAAGCCACGCGAACGGAGAACGGCUACAAGAUCAAUGGUGGCAAGAUGUGGAUAACAAACAGCUACGAAGCCAACUUUUUUAUCGUUUUUGCCAACCUUGACCCAAGCAAAAAGUACAAGGGCAUCACGGCCUUCAUCGUUGAGAAGGGGACGCCCGGCUUCGAGAUCUCCAAGAAGGAGAAGAAGCUUGGCAUCAAGGCCAGCAGCACGUGCGUCAUCACGUUUGACGAUGUCGAGAUCCCCAAGGAGAACCUACUCGGCAACGAGUUCGAGGGAUACAAAUAUGCCAUUGGCCUUCUUAACGAAGGUCGCAUUGGCAUUGCCGCGCAGAUGACCGGUCUGGCACUUGGUGCUUGGGAAAACGCCGCAAAUUACGUAUGGAACGACCGCAAGCAAUUCGGCCAGUACGUCGGCGAGUUCCAGGGCAUGCAGCACCAGCUCGCCCAAGCCUGGACUGAAAUUCAGGCUGCACGCGCCCUUGUCUUCAAUGCCGCCCGCAAGAAGGAAGCUGGCGAGGACUUUGUCAUGGACGCGGCAAUGGCCAAGCUGUACUCUUCACAGAUUGCCGGGAAGGUGUCUGGCCAGGCUGUGGAGUGGAUGGGCGGCAUGGGAUUCGUAAGAGAAGGUCUGGCGGAGAAGUUCUUCCGUGACAGCAAGAUUGGUGCCAUCUACGAGGGCACAAGCAACAUUCAGUUGACGACCAUUGCGAAACAAUUGCAGAAGACAUACACGCGAUGAAGGGCCAACAGUAGUUGAUGGAUCAAGACCUAGGGUAAGAGGGAUGUGUUGGUAUAACGAUGCCCUGACAUCAGUUUGAAUGCACUGUGUAAUCCGAGGAAGAGCCAUGUAGUUCUUAGGCUUUGACUCGGUACUGUAUAGCCGAAAGGGUGGGAGCUUGUACUGUGCCAUGUACGUAGAUAGUUAUCGAAGUGGACUGAAACGGUCUCGCAUUCCUGCCAUGUCGUGCGUGUAGACUUGGCAGCGAUUCCUGUACCCGC